AUGUCUCAUCGGAGUGGGCAAGAGGACCCAGAGCGGUACCUGUUUGUGGACCGGGCUGUGGUUUAUAACCCGGCCACACAAGCUGACUGGACGGCCAAGAAGCUCGUGUGGGUCCCCUCAGAGCGCCAUGGCUUUGAGGCGGCCAGCAUCCGGGAGGAGCGUGGCGAGGAGGUGCUGGUGGAGCUGGCCGAGAACGGUAAGAAGGUGGUGAUCAACAAGGAUGACAUCCAGAAGAUGAACCCGCCCAAGUUUAGCAAGGUGGAAGACAUGGCCGAGCUCACCUGCCUGAACGAGGCGUCUGUGCUGCAUAACCUGAAGGACCGCUACUAUUCGGGACUCAUAUACACAUACUCUGGCCUGUUCUGUGUGGUUAUCAACCCCUACAAGAACCUGCCCAUCUAUUCAGAAAACAUCAUUGAGAUGUACAGAGGGAAGAAGAGGCACGAGAUGCCUCCACACAUCUAUGCCAUCUCUGAGUCAGCAUACCGCUGCAUGCUUCAAGAUCGUGAGGACCAAUCAAUCCUUUGCACGGGUGAAUCAGGCGCUGGCAAGACAGAGAACACGAAGAAGGUCAUCCAGUACCUGGCCCACGUUGCCUCCUCACACAAAGGACGCAAAGACCACAUUCCUCCCGAAUCUCCCAAAGCAUUCAAGCUCCAGGGUGAGUUGGAACGCCAGCUCCUGCAAGCCAACCCCAUCCUUGAAUCUUUUGGCAAUGCCAAGACAGUGAAAAAUGACAACUCAUCUCGCUUUGGGAAGUUCAUCAGAAUCAACUUUGAUGUCACAGGCUACAUUGUCGGGGCCAAUAUUGAAACAUACCUUCUGGAGAAGUCCAGGGCCAUUAGACAGGCCAAAGAUGAGAGGACCUUCCACAUUUUCUAUCGCCUGCUGGCAGGAGCUGGAGAGCAUCUCCGAACGGACCUGCUCCUCGAAGGCUUUAACAACUAUCGUUUCCUGUCAAAUGGUAACAUUCCCAUCCCAGGCCAGCAGGACAAGGAUAAUUUCCAGGAAACAUUGGAUGCCAUGCACAUCAUGAGCUUCUCCCACGAUGAGAUUGUCUGCAUGUUGAAGGUGGUCUCUGCGGUGCUGCAGUUUGGCAACAUCAUCUUUAAGAAAGAGAGAAACACUGAUCAGGCCUCCAUGCCUGAGAACACAGUGGCGCAGAAGCUCUGCCACCUACUUGGAAUGAAUGUUAUGGAGUUUACCAGAGCUAUCCUCACACCGAGGAUCAAAGUGGGACGAGACUAUGUACAGAAGGCACAGACCAAAGAACAGGCUGACUUUGCUGUUGAAGCCCUGGCCAAGGCAACGUAUGAGCGGCUGUUCCGCUGGCUGGUCCACCGCAUUAAUAAGGCCCUGGACAGGACCAAACGCCAGGGGGCGUCGUUCAUCGGCAUCCUGGAUAUUGCUGGCUUUGAGAUCUUUGAGCUGAACUCAUUUGAGCAGAUGUGUAUCAACUACACCAAUGAGAAGCUGCAGCAGCUCUUCAACCACACCAUGUUCAUCCUGGAGCAGGAGGAGUACCAGAGGGAGGGCAUCGAGUGGAGCUUCAUCGACUUCGGCCUGGACCUGCAGCCCUGCAUCGACCUCAUUGAGAGGCCGACUAACCCCCCUGGUAUCCUCGCUCUGCUGGAUGAGGAGUGCUGGUUUCCCAAAGCCACCGACAAGACCUUUAUAGACAAAGUGCUCCAGGAGCAGGGCACACACACCAAGUUUCAGAAGCCACGUCAGCUCAAGGACAAAGCUGACUUCUGCAUCAUUCACUAUGCAGGGAAGGUGGACUAUAAAGCUGAUGAAUGGCUCAUGAAGAAUAUGGAUCCCCUGAAUGACAAUGUGGCCACGCUGCUUCACCAGUCAACUGACAAGUUUGUGGCUGAACUCUGGAAAGACGUCGACCGAAUUGUGGGUCUGGACCAGGUUGCAGGCAUGAAUGAGACAGCGUUUGGUGCCGCCUACAAGACCAAGAAGGGCAUGUUCCGCACCGUGGGACAGCUGUACAAGGAGCAGUUAUCUAAACUGAUGGCCACACUAAGGAACACCAAUCCCAACUUUGUGCGCUGCAUCAUCCCGAACCACGAGAAAAGGGCUGGUAAACUGGAUCCCCAUCUGGUUCUGGACCAGCUGAGGUGUAAUGGUGUGCUGGAGGGGAUCCGUAUCUGCAGACAGGGCUUCCCCAACCGCAUCGUCUUCCAGGAGUUCAGACAGAGGUAUGAGAUCCUCACUCCUAACGCCAUUCCCAAGGGCUUCAUGGAUGGCAAGCAGGCGUGUGAGAGAAUGAUUCAAGCUCUGGAGCUGGACGGCAAUCUGUUUCGUAUCGGCCAAAGUAAGAUCUUCUUCAGGGCCGGUGUUCUGGCCCACUUGGAGGAAGAGAGGGACCUGAAGAUCACUGACAUCAUCAUUUACUUCCAGGCCGUCUGUCGGGGAUAUCUGGCACGCAAAGCCUUUGCUAAGAAGCAGCAGCAGCUCAGUGCUCUGAAGGUUCUCCAGAGAAACUGCGCUGCCUACCUGAAGCUGCGUCACUGGCAGUGGUGGAGACUCUUUACCAAGGUUAAGCCUCUGCUGCAGGUAACCAGGCAGGAGGAAGAGAUGCAGGCCAAAGAUGAAGAGCUGGUCAAGGUGAAGGAGAAGCAGACCAAGGUGGAGGGUGAGCUGGUAGAAAUGGAGAGGAAACACCAGCAGUUAAUGGAGGAGAAGAAUAUCCUAGCAGAGCAGCUGCAGGCAGAGACAGAGCUGUUCGCAGAGGCUGAGGAGAUGAGAGCUCGCCUGGCGUCCAAAAAGCAAGAGCUGGAGGAGAUCCUUCAUGACCUGGAGUCCAGGCUGGAGGAAGAAGAGGAGAGGACCCAGAGCCUGCAGAACGAGAAGAAGAAGAUGCAGACCCAUAUCCAGGACCUGGAAGAACAGUUGGAUGAGGAGGAGGCUGGCCGGCAGAAGCUUCAGCUGGAGAAAGUGACAGCUGAGGCCAAAAUGAAGAAAUAUGAAGAGGACAUUUUGCUACUAGAAGACCAGAACUCCAAGUUCCACAAGGAAAAGAAGCUGUUGGAGGACAGAAUCAAUGAGAUGACCUCAAUGUUAGCUGAAGAGGAAGAAAAGGCCAAGAACCUCAGCAAAGUCAAGAACAAGCAGGAGAUGAUGAUGGCCGACCUGGAGGAGAGACUGAAGAAGGAGGAGAAGACUCGUCAGGAGCUAGAGAAGGCGAAGAGGAAGCUGGAUGGGGAGACGUCAGACUUCCAGGACCAGAUAUCCGAGCUACAGGCCCAGAUCGAGGAGCUGAAAGUUCAGCUGAGCAAGAAGGAGGAGGAGCAGCAGAUGAUGCAGGCUAGGGGUGAAGACGAGGUCAGCCAUAAGAACAACGCUCUGAAGCAGGUGAGGGAGCUGCAGGCCCAGCUGUCUGAGCUGCAGGAGGACCUUGAGUCAGAGAAACAGGCCAGGAACAAGGCAGAGAAACUAAAGAGGGACCUGAGUGAAGAGCUUGAAGCCCUUAAGACUGAACUGGAGGACACCCUUGAUACAACCGCUGCCCAGCAGGAACUUAGGACCAAGCGUGAACAGGAGGUUGCAGAGCUGAAGAAGACCAUUGAGGAGGAGACUAAAAACCACGAAUCACAGAUCCAGGAGAUGCGACAGAGGCAUAGUACUGUCUUGGAAGAGCUGUCUGAACAGCUGGAACAGGCCAAGAGGUUCAAGGCCAACCUGGAGAAGACCAAGCAGAGCCAGGAGACUGCCAACAAGGAGCUGGCCAGCGAGGUCAAGAUCCUGCAGCAGGCGAAGACAGAGUCUGAACACAAGAGGAAGAAACUGGAGGCUCAGCUGCAGGAAUCCAUGGCCAGGGUCACUGAGGGAGAGCGGGCCAAGGGAGAACUGUCUGAACGCACACACAAACUGCAGACGGAGUUGGAAAAUGUGUCUUCCCUGCUGGAAGAUUCAGAGAGGAAGGGUAUCAAGAUGGCCAAAGACAUCGCUGGACUAGACAGUCAGCUGCUAGACACACAGGAGCUGCUCCAGGAGGAGACACGUCAGAAACUAAACCUCAGCAGUCGCAUACGCCAGCUGGAGGAGGAGAAGAACACUCUGCAGGAGCAGCAGGAGGAGGAUGAAGAGGCUCGAAAGAAUCUCGAGAAACAGAUGUUGGCCCUACAAGCUCAGCUGAUAGAGAGCAAGAAGAAACUAGAAGAUGAUGUUGGAACAAUAGAGGGUCUGGAGGAGACAAAGAAGAAGCUGCAGAAGGACCUGGAACUGGCCAGCCAGCGUCUGGAAGAGAAGACCAUCGGCUUUGAAAAGAUGGAGAAGACAAAGACUCGUCUGCAGCAGGAGCUGGAUGAUCUGACAGUUGACUUGGAUCACCAGAGACAGAUCGUCUCCAACCUGGAGAAGAAACAGAAGAAGUUUGACCAGAUGUUGGCUGAGGAGAAGAGCAUCUCGGCCCGUUACGCUGAAGAGCGAGACCGUGCCGAAGCUGAGGCCAGGGAGAAGGAGACCAAAGCUCUCUCUAUGACCAGAGCUUUGGACGAGGCGCUGGAGGCCAAAGAGGAGCUGGAGAGGAUAAACAAGCAGCUUCGUGCUGAAAUGGAAGAUCUGAUGAGCUCCAAGGAUGACGUGGGCAAGAACGUCCAUGAGCUGGAGAAGUCCAAGCGCACUCUGGAGCAGCAGCUGGAGGAGAUGAAGACUCAGCUGGAGGAGCUGGAGGACGAGCUGCAGGCCACAGAGGACGCCAAGCUGCGCCUGGAGGUCAACAUGCAGGCCAUGAAGGCCCAGUAUGAGAGAGACCUUCAGGGCCGGGACGACCAGAACGAUGAGAAGAAGAGAGCUCUGGUGAAGCAGGUGCGAGAGAUGGAGGCAGAGUUGGAGGAUGAGAGGAAGCAGAGAGGUUUGGCUGUAGCUGCUAAAAAGAAGCUGGAGAUGGAUCUGAAGGAUAUAGAGGGUCACAUAGAAGGAGCUAACAAGGCUCGAGACGAAGCCAUCAAACAGCUGCGCAAGUUACAGGCCCAAAUGAAGGACUACCAGCGGGAGUUGGAAGACGCGCGAGCUUCUAGAGAUGAUAUUUUCGCUUUAUCCAAGGAAAAUGAGAAGAAACUCAAGAGCCUGGAGGCUGAGAUUGUCCAGCUACACGAGGACCUGGCAGCAUCUGAGCGGGGCCGGCGCCACGCAGAGCAGGAACGGGAUGAGCUGCAAGAUGAAAUCUCAAACAGCACCUCUGGAAAAUCUGCACUGAUGGAUGAGAAGAGAAGGCUGGAGGCUCGCAUUGCCCAACUAGAGGAGGAGCUGGAAGAGGAGCAGGGUAACAUGGAGCUGCUCAACGACCGCUUCAGAAAGACAAAUAUGCAGGUGGACACCCUGACUACAGAGUUGAGUGCGGAGCGCAGCACGGCCCAGAAGAGCGAAAAUGCUCGCCAGCAAUUGGAACGUCAAAACAAGGAGCUGCGGGCCAAGCUGGGCGAGUUGGAGGGUUCUGUGAAGAGCCGGUUCAAGGCCUCCAUCACUGCCCUGGAGGCCAAGAUUGCACAGCUGGAGGAACAGCUGGAGCAGGAGGCCAAGGAGCGAGCAGCAGCCAACAAGAUUGUGAGAAGGACCGAGAAGAAGCUGAAAGAAAUCUGCAUGCAAGUGGAGGAUGAGCGUCGCCAUGCCGACCAGUUUAAAGAACAGGUUGAAAAGGGUAACUCUCGUAUGAAGCAGCUGAAGCGUCAGCUGGAGGAAGCGGAAGAGGAGGCCACAAGGGCCAACGCAUCCCGCCGAAAAUUGCAGCGAGAGCUGGAUGACGCCACCGAGGCCAGCGAGGGUCUGAGCCGCGAGGUUCACACACUCAAGAACCGCCUCAGGCGCGGCGGCCCAAUCAGCUUCUCCUCUGGUCGCUCAGGCAGACGUCAGCUUCAGGUGGAGGGAACUUCCUUGGACCUCCUGUCCGACGACGAGCCGGAAAACAAGAUCACCGACAACAAUGCCAACGAGACACCGAUGCCCCAGCCGGAGUAGAAGAGGAAAAAUAAACCUUAACUAUUGCUCUCCCAUCUAUGUAUCACCUCUCAGCCCCAACAGAGAUACUUAGGCCUUGAAUACCUCCGGCACCAUGUCUGGACAAAUCUACUCUCUCCAAACACGCACCAUGAUCUAAACAGGAAAAGCCCAGAUUCCCGAUCUUACGUCUGAACCCUAAACCUUAGCAGAUACCAGCAGUUAGACCAACGCUCUCUUUCCCACCCCAGGAAGCACUACUCUGCCUUACCCCUCCUUGUUGAGCUUCAGGGCUGUAUAAUACCAACUUCCAUCAUGCGUUGAGCACUACUUCAGUAACCUGAAUGGGAGAUAAGCUUUUCUUAAACUGCAUAUGUGCAUAUUUUGUGAAAAUGCCCCCCUAAUCCGUUAGAAAUACUUUGAGCUUCUGACUUGAGUUCUGCUCAUAAUUCAGUGAGUUAAAAUGUGUCUGGAUGACAAUUAUCCUCUGUUGGACCAGUAUUCAAAUGCUUCCAAAUGCUAAAAUAAUGGCAUUGCAAUAUUUGAAAGGAACAAAUUGUGAUGAAAGUAAACAACCUUCCCACUUUAUUUUUCCAUCAGUCUACAAUAUACAACAUGUCCAUCCUAUGAACUAGUUUAGUUAUAUUAGUUGAACUGUAACUAAAUCAUAUUUUACCAGUCCUCUGCUAGGAUUGUUUGCUUGCAUAUAAAUAUAGAGAUGUGACUGUAAGCUGCCUUCUCGCCUCUGUGCUACAAAACGUUGCUCUUUUAUGAGCACUGGUUUCUCACAUGUUUGACAGUAGGUCAGUGUUGACUUGUAAUUAUUUGGUGUGAGCGCUGAAAGCAGCAAUCACGCAUGUGCUUCUGCUUACUUAUUCUGUGCCUUUUUUCGCUCACUCAGUACUCAAAAAAAAAAAAAACAUUCAUGCCACACAUGCUGUUCAUAUAUUGAACCAUGCCUGAUUUCAGAAAGGUAUUUUCAUAGAAUAUUCAUAGAUUUGCAUUAUGUAAUGAGAUAUUAGUGGGAAGCUGAUUUUCUUUGAUUUGUAUGUCCUCCUACAACUUUUAUGUUACCACAAUGACUGAUAUGUUGAACCGUGCGGGGAUUCUUUGUAGAUGGGUGCUAUGACCUUUCUUAUUGAUAACUUUUAUACUUUUUGAGUCAUUACAAUUUAAAAACAAUCCAAUAGACAUCAAUUGUAUUUAUAUCUCUGCUAUUGUAAACAGUACAUACUCCAUUCAUAUGUCAAAAUGCUCAGUAUUGCACAUUGAUCAACUGUACCUAUGCUCAUUACCCUGACAUGUACAGUUGAUGACUUAUUAGGAGCUAUAUAAUACAUUAAAGUCUAUGGAGCCCAA